AUGAGGUUAAAGGUUGUUACUAGUUUAUUAAGGAGAAUUUUCCAAAAAUCAGCUAAUACUUCAUUUAUUCAACAAUAUUUAGAUAUUAAUAAAACAAUAACUCCAUCGACUAUACGGAAUAAGUGUUAUCAUUAUAUGAUUUUUUUGGAUGAUAUUUACACUCUGAAUGAUGUUAUUGAAAAAGAAAUGGUGAAUAAAGUGUUAAUUAUAUCAGAAUCAACACCAUGGACUGUAAAAGAAUAUUUGAAAAGUCCAGCAUCAAGAUCAUACCUAAAUAUAUUAAUAAUAACUCAUAGCAUGAGUAAAAAAACAGAGGAAAGUUCUUAUUUACUAUACACCCACAAGUUGUUUGCUGAUGGAAGUGGUGGCAGUUUAUCAGUCCUUUUGACAUCUUGGAUGAACAAUAAAACAACAAACCAAGUUAAUUUUUUUCCUAAAAAAUUUACUGAAGGAUUUAAAAGACACCGAUUACAAAUAGCAAUGGCUCAUAGAUCACCUUUUGCUAUCAGAACAAAUGUUAUAUCACAAAGUCGUAUUGAUUGGGAUGGAAUUGAUGUGCGUGUUCUGAAGCUUGUAACUGAAACUUUAAAUAUCACUGCAGACUUUUGUGAUCCUGUAACAUCCAACAGUCCAAUUUAUGCUGCAAUAACCGAUGUAAUAACUGGAAAGACUGCUGCAGCAGCUGGUGGAAUAUACAAAACAAACAAUAUAACUUCUCAAUUCGAUUCAUCUAUUUCACAUAUAGAAGACUGUGCUACAUUUAUUUCUUCAUCAUCUUUAGCAUUACCUAAAUAUCGCGCAGUCAUGGGACCUUUUCAGCCUGCUGUUUGGAUUAUGGUCUGCUUGGUGUAUUUUUUGGUCAUCAUUCCUUUGACGAUGAAUACUAACUACACUCUUUUAUCAUUAUUAAUUCAUCCCAGCAGGUUUCUCGAUAUGUUUUGGUUUGUUUUUAGUACGUUUACCAACAGUUUCAUUGUUAAAAACCCCUUGACAGAGACUGGUUACGCCAAAAAUUCAACCUCGCUUUUGAUUGGUAUCUAUUGGAUCUUUACAAUCAUUAUUACGUCGUGUUAUACAGGGUCUAUAAUGGCCUUCAUUACAGUGCCCCAGUUUCCAAACGCUCUUGAUACAAUUGAGCAACUCUUAGACGAAGGUUUCGAAGUAGGAACUCUGGAUCAUGAUGGGUGGGAAGAAUGGUUUAAUUGGACGAAAAUAGACGACUCAACAGCCGCGGAAUUGUUGAAAUCUCUCAAAUAUGUUCCUACAGUACAAGAAGGUGUGAGGAAUGCUAGCCAUUCCUUCUUUUGGUCGUAUGCUUUUCUUGGCUCUAAGAUUGUUCUUGAUUAUAUUGUCCAGAAGGAAUUUACACCGAAUUGGUCUACCAUGAGAUCUUCUAUGCACAUUACGGAAGAGUGCUUAAUGAAUUUUGGAGUCACCUUUGUUCUAACGAAAGACUCUGUUUAUACAAAUCCUGUUGACACUGUUAUUAUUAGAGCCAGAGAAGCAGGAUUAAUUCAAAAAAUAAUGAGAGAUGUUGAAUGGGAUAUUCAAAGAACUGAAGAAGGUCUUCAUCUUCCGAUAUCUGAAGAAUAUAAGCAUCGAAAAAUUACUAUUCACGAUAGAAAACUUGAAUUAGAUGACACCCAAGGAAUGUUUUUAGUUUUAGGUGCAGGUAUAUUAAUUGCUAGUUUAGCAUUAUUGAUAGAAUGUGUGGUUCAUAUAUUUAGAAAAAAAUUCUCUGGUAAUUUUGAUACCAGGACAAGUAUGGAAUCAAAUAUUACAAUGCCACAAACAAGUUUUCUCGAAGUUCUAGAGCCUUGGGAUCUUAGGAGUUCGAGUAAUCUGAGACCUCAAAGGUUCAGCAGAAGUAGUAUUUAAUAAGUUAAAGUAUAAGAAAAAUGUGUGGUGUUUUUUUUUUUGAAUACGAGAAUAUUCUUAC